UCUUCCUAAUGGAGUUCAAAUUCAGAGCGGUUGAUUAUCAAUCUUCGAUCUCUGCUCCUUCAUCGUCUUCGACCUUCAAUCCAUCACUGUCGGGUCAAAUAUUUCGAUCUCACCGUAAAGUCAUUCUUGGUAAACCGAGACCGUCGAACGGGAGAAGUUGCAGAUCAGGGAUGAGAUAAUCGCGUCGGAAAUCGCGCGUCGGAGGGCGUUAGAAGCCGAGGUGAGGAGGGAGUUGAUGGCCGAACGGGAAACGGCGGCCCGGCAGAGAUUUAGGGAAACGGGUUUGUCUUACGAGCAAAGCCUCACGAUGCGCCUCGAACCCAGGCUUCCUUUCGUGCCUCACUUGCAUAGCCUCAACCGGUGGAGGACUGAGGCUCGUUUCAACUUGUUUCCACCGGCAUUGCUGCCGCCGCCGGUCGUGUUCCCCCCACCGCUAACAGAGAAUUUGGACUCUCAGGGUAAGGAUGCGUCGGAGGACAAAAGGAAUAAGCUGAUUAUACUGCCUAAGCCUGAUCCUAAUCGUGUUAUUGGAGCAAAGCGGAAAACACCACCUCCAGCAGGAACCAGCAAAUUGCGUCAACUGUUAAUUAGCUCGAAGGUGAAACAAAAUGAUGAAUGGAGGUGUGCCAUUUGUCGUAUCAAUGUCACGAGUGAGAAAACUCUGGCUGAACACCUUGGAGGUAAAAAGCACAAGGCUAACGAAGGAAGGAAAAAAGCAAAGAAGAUGGAGAAGAAUUCCGAGAGAAGGUUUACUGAAGAGAAACCUGCAGAUUCCCUUGAGAUGAAAUGUGCAUCAACUGAAAUGGAUGACAUGGAGAAGACACCCAAACUUAGCAAUGAAAAGAUAAAGAAUGAAGAGGAUGAGCAGCUGAUUACGAUAGAGGGAAAGGCGAAAUGGUUUCUGCAAAAGAAAUCUGCAGAUUUCCUUGAGAAACACACUCCAACUGCAAUGGAUGAGAUGAAGAAGACACCAUUUAGCAAAAAGAGAAAAUUUAAGUUUUGGUGUGAAAUCUGUUCAGUCGGUACGCAUUCUAGGGUGGUAAUGAAAAAUCAUAAAACAGGGAAAAAGCACACUCGACGACUCCUUGAAGUCGGUAAACGUAAUGUAGCUGCCCUCACUACUGCCACCACAGAUACCGUCAUUGAGCAGGGAAGAUAUAAUGAUGCUUAGAUGCCAACAGUCUCUAAUGCGAUUUCUAAUGAAGCAAAGCUAAAUUUAGGUCUGUAAUUACCUUCUGAGAUUUCUAAUCAGAUUAGUUUAGCUGAAACCCAAAAUGUA